GAGCCCGAGAUGGCGGACAGCGCUGCGGCCACCGCCGCUCCCCGCGCCGCCGUGAAGGGCGGCUCGGCGGGGCCCUGGUGGAAAUCGCUGACCAGCAAGAAGAAGCACAAGGAAGCGGCGGCAGCCCCGCCGCCCCCCGCCGCCAGUGAGACCCCCGCCGACCCCCCCAGCCCCGACGACCGGGAGGAGCAGCCGCCCCCCUUCGGCAGCGGCGACGCCGCGGGGACGGGCGGCGGGAGCCGGCGGAGCCUCCGGGUGUCCCACUCGGGCCGCUUCAAGGAGCGGCGGAAGAUGCGCACCUCGCUGCUCGGCGACGGCCCCGAGGUCUUCGACGGCGGCGGCGCUCCAGGCCAUGCCGACCAGGGGGGCGAGUAGCCCAGCAGGACCUUGCCGAGGAGCUGCCACUGGACGGGUGGCCGGAGGACUGGCAGGACAGGUAGCCGGAGUCAGUGACUGCCCCGCAGCUGGCCAUGGUCCCAGGGACGACAUGAGGGCGUGUGGCAGCGGCCUCCCCAACCCCGACCAGACGCUGCGGGGAGUCCGGCGUCUCCGCCAGAUGAGGGAAUCGUGUGCUGUGUUACAUGAACACCGCCAAGACCAAACCCCUAGAUGAUGGGACCAUGUGAUUGUCUUAACAAAAAAAAAAAAAAAAAAAAAAAAACAAAACACAAAUAAAUACCCCAUUCCCUGUACUGUGGUACUGAGCGGAUUCAAAGGUGCUAUCCCAGGGCCGACACUGGGGGUCUCUGAAUCUUCCCCCAGCCCUUGCCAGGAGCCAAUACACUGACUUCUCAGGACUAUGACCCAGCUCCUUUCGGCUUUCAAGCCAAGGAGGAGCUUUGCUGCUUUCAUCUCACAUGCUGUCUUAUCGAAGGAAGGGGGGAACAAAGUGCUCUUAUCUAGUUUCAGGGCCAAGGACCUCCGAGGGUGCCUUAAGUGCUCCUGCCCUGCCCACCGUGAACCCAUCCUCCUUCCCCUGUGGGGGUCCAAAGAGAGGUAUUGCGAAGGACUGGCUCUUGAAUUUGCCCAUGCCCCACAUCACAUCGCAUUUAAAUAAUGCAAAAGACAGAACCUUACUGGUUUUCUCCCUCUUCUUACUGUGUAAUGAUAAGCAGGUUUUUCACAGGCUGGUCUCUCAUAGUUCUGUUAUGGGGGGGGGGCCUGUGUUGUGUAGCAGUUCGCACUAUUUACCCAGGGGAUACAUGAUUUUUGUGUAACUGGUGAUAACUGACAUAAUGAAGUUCCAGUGAAGAAAUUGUGUAAUAAAAUGUAAACACCCUUUUGGGAGACGAGACCAGCCCUGGAGAGCACAAGCAGGGUUGCACUCCUAAUGUGGAAUAGGCUUGGGCACCACUGGAAAUGUUGUUUGCUAUUUACCGUGUCCAAGGCUUGUGAAGCAAUGUUAAGUGUCCCAGUAUUUCUUCUGAUAGCAGGAUAAUGUGCUUUAACUCAAGCAGCUCCCUCUAACAGCUCCUGUAUUUUUGGACAAAGUAAAUAUAAACCAGAUUUGUACUGGUGGUGUGCCUUACAGAGCAAAUGCGGCUAAAAGUACUUAGCGAUUUCACAUUUCUUGAUAGUAGGUGAUGUAGCAACAACUGAUUUAUUUAUUUUAAAUGCAUUUACAAUAGAGUUUAUAUUGUUAAAAUGGUUUUUGAAUGUUUUCUGAAUGUGAGAUAUUACAUAGUGGUAGGGACUGAAAAUUAUUUCCUAGCAGUCAGGUAUUAAGCAGUUAUGAUUUUGUUUGGUUGUAACUAAUCAUUUAAGGUCAAUUAAAAAUAAAAAGAGAAUGGAAAGGAAACAAGAACUGAGAUCCAGGUGAAUAUAUGGUUUAAACCAGUCACUAACAAUUGCUGAAAUGGUGCACUACAUGCUGGGCAAGCGCCCUGUGGUUCAAUGUGUGUAAUAAUACUUUGAAAGCUCCUGUGCAAUAAACUCAGACAACAUAGCUACAGAGGUGCUCACUGGUGCUUCCCUCAGCUACUCCUUCAGACUCUGGAACUCAAGGAUGAAGGGACUGUAGCAUCAAAUCUAUUUCCAUAAAAGCUUUUUUCCCACCCA